AUGUUUUCCCAGGCACACAUUACGCUUCUACCGCGGGAACUACGCAACAUGAUUUACGACGAGCUUCUUGGAAAAAAGACGUACAUUUACGAUGACGAAGCAGGUAAGCUCAAGCAACCCGAUAGCACAUCAGUAUAUCUGGCGUUUGCACUAUUGUGCAGGAUUAUUCAUCACGAAAUGUACGACUAUGCAUUUCGAAACAAGACUUGUACUUUCAAACCCAUCCAAGCACAUGAGCGACACUACACAUGGCCGAACGAUUUUGGGUGGCAGUUCUUCGCUCGACGACAAGCUGAAGAGAUGCUACUUAUGAUAUUGCGCCGCUACAUUACCGAUAAUGUCCAAGACAAGCUGUUGUACCAUCACCCCCAAUUUCGCCGACUUCUGAACUGUAUUCUUCGAGAUCGUUGUCCCUCUCCUCUACUUGGUCAACGGUGCGGAGAGGCGCCAUCACUCCAAACAUACUUUAUGCGACAUGCACUCCGUCUGAUUCUAGAAUGGUCGCCUCCACUCGAUGAGAAAAUUUUAGAGAUGUUGAACACAAUGUCGAAGACAGAUCUCAUACCUUGGGUGGUCCCUAGUCAUCACACAGUUUCAGAGGGACAAAAGAAUCACGAGAGGAACAUGGUAACCUGCUUCCAUUCCAAGGGCAAACCCCCGAAGAAUCGAGACUCCAAAUAUUGCUUCUCCGCUGCUGCGGGUACUAUCAGGUUUCUGCACAGCAUGCCGAUAGAAGCGCGAUCGCGUCUGCGUAGAAUAAUCAUCGUGGAGAAUCAACCCUCUGUUGCGCAUCCACAAUGCCAUGCACAGGGCUUGAUUUCAUUCUGUCUCGAAAAACCCCAGCUUCGUAUCGAACGCCGUAUUGACCUCUCAAAGUGCGCAUUCCAAUGCCAAUGGUUCAAAUCGAGAUAUCAACUAUAUGCUGAGCUCUGGCCUCCAAACAAAGACUACACCAACAAUCCACGCGAUAUCCCACAUGCCAUUUCCAGCAUCACAUCUUGGCUUGUGGAAGCAAAAGCCUUGGCUUCACAAGGCAUGCCUCACGACGCCUUCACCCUCGUCUUGGAAGAUUUAUCCAGUACAGAGCUUGGUUUCGCCAUCUUUCAAGAACUGAAAUGGGUUGCAUGCGUCCAGCUCUUAUUUGAGUUGGACAUUGAAGCAUUGCAUGCAGUCCACGCGCCGGCGUGGACCGAACAGAUCAAAUGUAGCUGGUAUAAUUAUCGAGGAUUUCCCCAAGACGCCGAAGAUACCAUCAGCAGGAAGUCUAUCGUUAGGUGCAACUUUGAAACGGGCGGAUCUUGGAUCGCGGACGAGAUGGCAAAACCGGGUGGCAUGUCUGCUGAUGCACUGAGGACCAUCUUGAGAAAUAUCGUGCUACCUAAUUUUACUAUGUGUCUGUGA